UCACCGUCGCAGGGCUUGAUCCCACGAACUGUGAGAUCAUGACCUGAACCGAAAUCAAGAGUCAAAUGCUCAACCGAUUGACACCCAGGUGCCCCCGUCCUCAGUCUUUUUUGAUUAUCAUUGGCUUUUGAAGUAGCUUAGCAAUUGGCAAACUUUCAGUGUAAAAGGCUAGGUAGUAAAUAUUUUAGGUUUUAUGGUAACUGCUGUAGCUGCUCCUCUGUGCCUUCUAGAGCUCCACUCCUUCUAGAGCUGAGGCAGCCACAGAUGAGAUAUAAAUUAAUGGGCCGGGUUGUGUUCCAAUAAAACUUUAUUUACAAAAGCAGUUGGCUGCCAACCUGUGAAAUAGCUCAUCCCUUGCUCUCUGGUGGGACCCGUUUUUCCCUUGGCUUGUAGGGCACAACAUCUGGCUUUCCUCCCACCUCCGUGACCGCUCUGUUCUCACUGCCGGUUCCUCCCCAUCUCCCUGACCUACACCUGUUGGCAUGCCUUGGGACUGUGUUCUUGGCUCUCCUAGUCCACCUGCACACCUUCUACUGAGGAGAGCUUGGUGACAUUUGGGGAUGUGGCCGUAGAUUUCUCCCAAGAGGAGUGGGAGUGGCUGAACUCGGCUCAGAGGAACCUGUACAGGAGUGUGAUGUUGGAGAACUACAGGAACCUGGCCUCUCUGGGACUCUGCGUUUCCAAGCCCGAUAUGAUCUCCUCGUUGGAACAGAGGAAAGAGCCCUGGAUGGUGAAGAGAAGGCUGACAAGAGGCCGAGGCCCAGAUUUGGAGGCAGGGCCAGAGACCAAGGAGUUACCUGCGAAGAAGGACAUCUGUAAAGAAAAGUUGUCCCAGGUGGUGAUCAUGGAGAGACUCACAAACCACAGUCUGGAAUGCUCCAUAUUAGGGGAAGACUUGGAUUAUGGUGCUCUGCUUGAGAGGCCACCGGGCUUGGUGACCAUCACGAACAUGGCCGUAGACUUCUCCCAGCAGCUGGACCCAGCUCAGAAGAGUUUCUGUAAGAAUGUGAUGUGGGAGAAUCGUAGUGACCUGGGGUCCGUAGGGCCCUGUGUGUCUAAGGCCGACUUGGUCUCUCUGCUGCAGCAAGAGAAGGAGCCCUGGGUGGUGGACAGAGAGCUGCCGAAGGGCCUGGGGUCAGGUCAACAAUCUAUACAUGAGACCCAGGAAUUAUUUCUAAAGCAGGAUUCAUUUGCUGAAGUAACAGACAGAACUUCAAACACUAAUUUGGAGUGUUCCACUUUCAGAGAAAAUUGGGAUUCUGAGGGUGUGUUUGAAAGGAAGCUGGUAGGGCAGGAGACACAAUUCAGGCAAGAGACAAUCACUCAUAACAAGAUGCUCUCGAAGGAAAGAGAACGUACUUUUAACAAAUCUGGAAGAUGGUUUCAUUUGGACAUUUCAGAAGAGAGAGUUCAUAAUCAUGAUUCAGUUAAGAAAAAUUUUCCCAAAAAUUCAGUGGUAAUAAGACAUACAGGAAUUUAUGCAGGAAAAAAACUUUUCAAAUGUAAUGAAUGUAAGAAAACUUUUACCCAGAGCUCAUCCCUUACUGUUCAUCAGAGAAUUCAUACUGGAGAGAAACCCUAUAAAUGUAACGAAUGUGGAAAGGCCUUCAGUGACGGCUCAUCCUUUGCUAGACAUCAGAGAUGUCACACUGGCAAGAAGCCUUAUGAAUGUAUUGAAUGUGGGAAAGCCUUCAUACAGAACACAUCCCUUAUACGUCAUUGGAGAUAUUACCACACUGGGGAGAAACCCUUUGAUUGCAUCGAUUGUGGGAAAGCCUUCAGUGAUCACAUAGGACUUAAUCAACAUAGGAGAAUUCAUACUGGAGAGAAACCCUACAAAUGUGAUGUAUGUGACAAAUCCUUUAGGUAUGGCUCAUCCCUUACUGUGCAUCAAAGGAUUCAUACUGGAGAAAAACCAUAUGAAUGUGAUGUUUGCAGAAAAGCCUUCAGCCAUCAUGCAUCACUCACUCAACAUCAAAGAGUGCAUUCUGGAGAAAAGCCUUUUAAAUGUAAAGAGUGUGGGAAAGCUUUUAGGCAGAAUAUACACCUUGCUAGUCAUUUGAGGAUCCAUACUGGGGAGAAGCCCUUCGAAUGUGGGGAAUGUGGUAAAUCCUUCAGCAUCAGUUCACAGCUGGCUACUCACCAGAGAAUUCAUACUGGAGAGAAGCCCUAUGAAUGUAAGGUUUGUAGUAAAGCAUUCACCCAGAAGGCUCACCUUGCACAGCAUCAGAAAACUCAUACGGGAGAGAAACCAUAUGAAUGUAAGGAAUGUGGUAAAGCCUUCAGCCAAACCACACACCUCAUUCAACACCAGAGAGUUCAUACUGGAGAGAAACCCUACAAAUGUGUCGAAUGUGGGAAGGCCUUUGGUGAUAACUCAUCCUGUACUCAACAUCAGAGGCUUCACACUGGCCAAAGACCUUAUGAAUGUAUUGAAUGUGGGAAGGCAUUCAAGACAAAGUCAUCCCUUAUUUGUCAUCGCAGAAGUCAUACAGGAGAAAAACCUUACGAAUGUAGUGCAUGUGGCAAAGCCUUUAGCCAUCGCCAGUCCCUUAGUGUACAUCAGAGAAUUCACUCUGGAAAGAAACCAUAUGAAUGCAAAGAAUGUAGGAAAACCUUCAUCCAAAUCGGACACCUUAAUCAACAUAAAAGAGUCCACACUGGAGAGAGAUCCUACAACUACAAGAAAAGCAGGAAAGUCUUCAGGCAGAGCGCACACCUUGCUCACCCAAGAACUCAUAAUGGAGAGGCAACAGCACGCCCGUCUUUCCCUUCCACAUCGAGUCCUGUGGAUCUUCUCCCCAGGUUCCUCUGGGGUCCGCCGUCACUGUCGUCCCCCUAGUCUCAGUGUUAUUUCAGCUGGACUGUUCCAGUAGUUCAAACACGGGCCCCUCUGUUCAGUGUGGUUUUGUUGUUUCCUUUAUAAGUUUGUUCUCCACGUUGCAGUCAGCCUGAUUUUUUUUAAAGUGUAAAUACAGAUCACUCCUCAUAUAAAAACUUGCGUUGGGAUCCUUUAAACUGGUUAAUCAGUAAGAUGUGCUUAGCACGGUGCCUGGUUCAUCCCAGGUGUUGAAAAAACAUUGUUUGGGAACAUUGAAGAGUCAUCAGGGUCAGCUCUGAAUAAAACAGUGCAUAGAAGGAGGCCAGGAGACACCCAUCGAGGUAGCUUACAGGUAGUCAGUGAGGUUUGGCCAGCAGUGGUUUAAAACUCGGUUCCAUAAUGUUGAGUGAGAACUGUGGCUUUCCAGCUCAUCUGCAUAAAUGUGAGGUAAUGCGACUUUAUUGGUGAGGAAAUUCAGCUUUACUAUCCAUCUGAGAACAGUCUUAGUGUAGAGAACAUGGAUGAGUGGUCCGCUUGGAACAAAAGAGCUGAAACAAUAAAAAAAAAUGCAAGAUUUAUACGCACAAAGUUAAAACUGUUGACAUGGUACUCAAGACUUAGAAAAUUUGGAAGGAUCUAUUUAAAAUCACCUGAGCUCACAAAUGAACUCAAACUUUUUUUUUUAAUGUUUACUUAUUCUUGAGAGAGAGAGACAGAAUAUGAGUGGGGGAGGGGGAGAGAGAGAGAGGGAGACACAGAAUCCGAAGCAGGCUCCAGGCUCUGAGCUUUCAGCACAGAGACAGACGCAGGUUUCGAAUCCACGGACCGCGAGAUCAUGACCUGAGCCGAAGUCGGACACUUCACCGACUAAGCUCCCAGGCGCCCCUAUGAACUCAUUAAACUUUUAAGGAACUGUCAACUGAUAAGCUAAACUGAUCUAAAGCAGGUCUCAGCAAACUGUGACUCACGGUCAAAGUCUCACUGACUGGUUUUGUAUGGCCCAUGGUCUAAAAUUUUAAAUGGUUGAACAAGUGAAUAGAAGAUUUUGUGACAACGUGAAAAUUUACAUUAAAUUUCAAUGUCAGUGUCUGUAAAUAAAGUUUUAUUGCCGUACAUUCACACUCACUUGUUCACGUAUUUCCUGUGGCUGCUUUCACUCCACAAUGGCAGAGUUGAGUCAGUAUUGAGGCAAAGCUCAAAUAUUUACUCUCUUUCCUUUUACAGAAAAAGUCUGCCAAACCCUGCUGUAGCACGGAGAAUAUACAAAAAGUUCUAAUCAUUUCUAUGAGCAUAAUGCAACUCUCACUUCAAAAACCAGACAAACUACAAGGCAACUUAUGAAUAGACAUAAAAAGGAAUUAUUGAAAUAUAAGAAUAUGUCAGUAGAGGAGAACUCUGUUUUUCUAGAUGAAAUACUCAGUACUGUUAAAGUGUUUGUAAAUUGUCAUUCACAACAGAGUCCCCGUAGGAUAUGUUUACUUUGACAGUUCUAGUUGAAACAGCACAAGGAAAGCUAAUGUGGCAAGCAUAAGCAGGACAUUUUAAAAAUAGGUUUCUUAGCAUUUCAGAUUUUGGUAUAAACUAAGACUGGUUUUUCAUUAUGGGGGAAAUUAUGUUUUGACAAUUGGUUAUCCAUUCUGUCAAAAAAAAAAAAAAACACACACACUUAAAUUGUUAACAUUUCUAAUUAGGAAGUGAUAUGCAAGAAACAACCUAAAAAAGAGGAAAUCUUUCCUAACUCGGGUCCUAGAAGACAUGGGCAAGAGAGUAAGUUGGCUUAUACAAAGAUCUAAAACUUCAGAGUGGUGAAAGGCCCCCAAAAGAUGUGAAAGACAAUUGACAGACUAAUACAAGUUAUGUGACAAGUCAUUUAGGAACAAAGAGCUAUUGCACAUACAAAGCAGUGGGAAAAAAUAGUGCAUUCCCAACAGGCAUGUUAGUUGCAGAGUUCAAAUGAGUAAAGACAAUCUGUAAAGUUCUUAGUCUCACUCAUCAGAAAAUUACAAGUUAAAACAAAAUUUCUUGGCUUUCCGAUGGAUUUCAGUCUAACAUUUGGAUAAUAUCCACUAUUGGCAUCAGUGUGGGCAAACAGAUACUUGAUCAUCAGCAGUGUAAAUCGGUCUCCUGUCUUUCAGGAUGGCAAUAUAGUAUGACCUACCAACAUUAUAAAUGAGCAUUCUUUUUGCAACAGUAACUCUGGAUCUAGGAGUUUUGUCCCGUUGGAAUAAAUAGAUGUAAAUAAUGUUUAUUGCAGAAUUGUUGUAAUUAUGAUAAAUUGGAUUUCAGCAUCCUGCCAAGCAGGUUCAUUAAAUUGUGAUUAUCCAAUACUGUAUUGUCUGGUUAGAAAAAAGAGAUUAAAUUCUAUGUAUGCCUCAA